GUAUUUUAAUGUUAUUGGAGUGUUAUGUUUCUGUCAUUUUGGCAUAAAAAGUUGGAUUAUGUGGAUUCUGUAGAAGCUUUUCUUUCUGUAUUCUUUUUUCAAUGAUGUAGCUCUGCGUUUCAUGCUAGUUUUGGUCAAAUUUCAUCAUAUUCUUAAUUGCUGCUGAACUGCUGCAUCCUGAGAAGUGGGAGGAUUUUGAGGCUACUUUUUUUUAGAGCUUGCUUGUAAGCUUUCAAGCAACAAUUUGAAGAUUAUUGGUUUUGUUUUGCCUUUGUGAGAUGGGAAAUUCUGUUUGAAGUAGUGAGGAAGUUAAGAUGAAAUCUCUAAGUAGUGUAGGACUUGGUUUGAGUGUGAUUUUUGGGUGCCUUUUCUUGGCGCUUGUUGCUGAGCUUUAUUACCUGUUAUGGUGGAAGAAGAGGUUCACUGACAGAGAAGUUGAAACUGAUUACAGUAGCCCAGCUAGAGAGCUAUUUUACAUGUUUUGUUGGAAAAGUUCAUCUUCUUUAACCCGCACAGCUCUGAAUCCUCAAGAUCUAAGUUCAUCAGUUAAUAUGCACACAAACAAUGAUUUCUUGCUGAAACCCUUUGGAGAAGAUGGGAUAGAAACAGAGUUUAUGAGGCUCCAAAGCCUCUCAGGGCCACCAAGAUUCCUCUUCACCAUAAUAGAAGAAACCAAGGAAGAUUUAGAGUCUGAAGAUAAGAAUGGAAAGGAAUCAAAAAGUAGAAGCUUGAGUGAUCUGCUUCUUGCUGUGGAAACUCCAUAUUUGACUCCUUUAGCUUCUCCAACUCUUUUCACACCUCCUCUUACUCCUGCAGAUUCUUAUAAGCCCCAUGGAUUCAACCCUCUCUUUGAAUCAGUAUCAGAUGCAGAGUUUAACAAGAUAAGGUCAUCUCCUCCUCCAAAGUUCAAAUUCCUACAGGAAGCUGAGGAGAAACUCAAGAGGAAAUUACAGGAAGAAGCUGAGAAAUGUGUUCAUAAUAACACCAUUGAACCUGUUGAAGAUUCAAGAACUAAAGCAACCAUGCAGAAGCUACUUCAAGAUGAGGAGGAUAAAUCUUAUAUUACAAUUGUCGUUGACAGAAACCAAGAUUUGGAGCUGAAUCAGUAUCAUUCAAGCAGUUCUUCACAGCUUUUGAAGUGUUUUAAGGGUAAGAGAGUCUGUAUUCUAAUCUGCCUUAAAAAUUUGCUGGACAACAUUCUCUGGGAGGUGGGCCUAAUGCAAGUGGAUGAAUGGACUUGUGGGAAGCUUGUUUUAUUCAAUCUCCAUGUCUCCUAAGCUUGUCUGAUACCUAUAAAUCCUCCAUGAACUAUGAACUAUGAACUAUGAACAAAUCCACACUACAAAACCAUGAAAGAGUGCAUCAUGUAAAUUUGAGGUCUCAAAGUUGAAAACUCAAAUAACUUUCCCUCUUCUUCAACUUUAUGUUAAGCCAUAGAUAGAUGGAUCGACAAAGGGUUUUGGGUAUUUAGCUGUAUGUGGCUUGAAAAGGUACCACUCAGAGCAAAGAGACAAAGGUGGAGAAGAGCUGGACAGGUUUUAGAUGCUUUUUUCCACUUUUUUUUUUGUCCUUAAAACGACAAAGGUAGGAAAUUGCCCGUGAAAAUGUAUUGUCGGAAUAGGUUGUUGUUGCCCCCACCUUGAAGAAGAAUCAUUACAGCCAUUGCCUUUACCUGUGUUUUCUAUAUUUUUAAAGCUUGAUAUGUCCUCAACUGAAUCAUGAGUUUUGAACUUUUGUGGCA